UUUAAAAAUGUGGGGUGAAGAUUAUCAUUGGCAUUUUGAUUAUGUCAGGCUGGCCUGGGAUACUGGUUUUAAUUUUGAAAAGCGAAAAUCUUGUAAUCUCGACAAAAGUAAAAUAUGUUUACUAGACAUAGAACAAAUAAUUCAAGACAGAGAUAUAGCUGCUGUUGAAAGAUAUAUUUCUACGGUUUUACAGUACAUUUUAGAUAAUGAACAAGCAGAAAUUUUGGACACAAAUUUCGUUAAAAUGUUCAGAAUAAGUCAACUGGCUGUAGAAUAUUUAUUGUUUUGUAAAAAAUACUUAGAUAAUACUGCUGUUUUGUUAAAAAAAGAACUAGCAGCUGUAAAAGAGGAAAAUAACGAGCUUAAAGAAUUUACGGUUGAACUUGAAGGUCACAUAGAAAAAUUAACGUCCAAAUUAUCGGAAUUAAGCGAAAAUUCUACAUUCAAGUGCUCGAAAUGUUUUAAAUUGUUUUCAAGUGAAACCUACCUUAAAUCUCACAUAAAAAGAAGACAUACUGUGUAUGAUGAGAACAGUUCAACGCAAUCCGAAGCUGAUAAAAACAAAAUAGAAGCUGACAAGCUUCAAUCGGAGAUAAAAGAUUUGAAGGAGAGAUUGAAUAAUACGGAAAAAUUGAUAAAUGAUAAAAAUAACUUGGAGGAGCAGUUUACCGGGAAAAUUGAGAAUGUGGCGGUAAAAGAAAUACAGGAAAAUUUUGAGCAAUUUAAAAGUCAAGUCGCGAGCGAGUUAAAAGUGUUGCAAGCUCAGAGAAAUUUUUACGAAGAAAAAUACGGGAGGUUAAUGGAUGUGGUUUCUGAUACUUUAAUAAAGAAAAACAAUGAAAAGGGACAAAUAAAUGAGAUUAAAGUUGAUAAUUCGGAGAAAACGAGCACGACUACUCAAACUGAAAGGAAAGAAAGGAAAAAAUUGACAAUGGAGUUGGUUCAUGAUAAAAACGUUUUUAAUUACGUUUCCCCACAACCUUCGCCCUCAAAAACUCUCGAGACAAAUGAGACAAAAGAAAGUGUGGUGGAUAUAGAAAAAACAAUCGAACGAAAAGUUUCGGAGGGUUUGGAAAAAAUCGAAAGUCAAAUGAAUGUUUUUCUGAAUAAACUCACAGAUUACAAAGAAACCAAAGUUUUAGCUGAAGUUCCAAAUUCGCCCAUUUUGGAUAAUUUGGAUAAACCUAAGGUUAAACCUAGAUCAAAAUUUACCAUCACCAAUCGUUUGGUGGAAUGUAUACCACAACAUAAAAAGGAAAGCGUGGUUAAAAUAACAGAAACUCGAAAGGAAAAAGAAGCAAAUAUUCUAUCAGAAUCUAGUAGUUCAGAAGGGAGUAGUAUUUUAGAAACACCGCGGAAAAAAAUGACCCCGAAAAAAACAUCCGUUUCUACACUUGGAAAUCAUUCCAUUACAAGAGCAGCAAACCAGAAGGAGGUGUUUGAGGAAUUGAAAGUGGAAGUUGAAAAUGUCGUAAACUCUAGGUUACAAGAAAUUGGCAUUUCUCCGGAUUGGAAUACUUUACCCAAACAAAGUUUUAAUAAGGCCAUUGAAAUAAUUCGUCACCAAGCCAACCUGACUAAAAAAACCUAUCCAGAUUUUUUCAAUAUAAAGGCUGAUAUAGAGAGAAAGGUUAAGCAAGAAAAAGUGUCAAAUAAAGUGACACCAAAAUCCGUUAAGAAGGUCAUAAAACCAAGAAAAAUCAGUUAUAAACCCAAUGAGGAAGUUAUGAAUAUAAAAGUUAGAAAAAAGGAAAGCCCAAAGAUGUAAGAAACGUUAUUUGCAAUACAUAGUUUAAAUCAGACUAUUGGGGUGUUAUAUCAAGACCCUGAUGGUCUAAAUUCAAGCAUAGGACGUUGGUAAAAUUUUGUAGACCUGUGCAACCUAAAACUUGUUUUUCAGAGUUAACUGUAAGCCUGUAAAAUCAAGUUCAGUAGUGGUGAUAAAAAAUCGAUCCCUCUAUGCAACUGACAGCAGUGAUGAUGAAGUCAUGGUGAAAGAAACUCCCCAAGAACUUCACCAUAGAGUUAUAGACGAACUUAAAACAGUCCUACCCAAAAAAGAUGCUGAUGACAACCAAACCAAAGGCGUUCUUAAAAAUUUUCCGUCUAUGGGAUCUUUAUCGAAAAAAAAAGUUAUAUUUGACAUCCAGUCUGAAUCUAUGGAUGAUGAGCAAUUAAAGGUGGUAAAAAAUGAUGGAAAAAAUGGAAGCACCGAAAGCAUUGCUAGUUCGGUAUUUGGUGAAGUUGAUAGAAAGUCAAAAGAUACCAAAACGACUUUGGAAGUCGAUAGUGAUUUUGAUAUUAGUGAUCUAAAUUGAUGUGAGAAAAAUGCUUUCGCAUAUAAAUAAUAUUAAGAAAAUAAACACUAAAUUAUAAAAUAUUUUUAUUUGUUUUAUUAUAAAAGUUCUAACUGAUAAGCAGGUUCCCAGAGAACCAUGGUAUAUGUC